CUUUAAAAGUAGUAUGAGCUUCUUUAAACUAUUUAGUUCAUCAUUGAACUCUGCUGCAUCCAUCCCACAGUACAAACAGGGCGAAGGUCAUGAUUCUAUAGAUCUUCAAAUCAAAUCAUUACUAUAUAUCUUUAAAAGAUUAAAGAUUCAUAAACUUAAUACAUUCUUAUCUAAAGAGAAUACUUUACGAUAUAAUGAUGAAAUUAAUUUACAAACUGUAGAUGAAAUGCAUGAAGAUAAUCAUAAUAUUAGUGAAGAAUUUGAAGAAGAAAAUGAAGCAUAUUAUCAAAAAUUAGAUCAAAUGUAUAAUAUAGAACAUUUUAAAUUAAUACUUUUAAAUGAUGAAUAUAGAGUUAUGGUAGAUUAUAUUAAGAAUAAAUUUCGAAGUUAUUGUAUUGUUUCAGAUUUACCAAGCCCUAAUUUAUCUCGUCCAAGUUCUCCAGUUAAAAGUGGAAUUAAUUAUAAUGGAAUAUCUACUAAUAAUAUUGAAGAUGAUGAUUAUCCUUCAUUUAGAGAUGGAUCAGAUAAAAAAGUUAAAGGAUUUAGAUUUAUAUUAUUACCUAUUAAUGAUAUUUCUAUUGAAUUUAUUGCUAAUACCUUAUCAAUGUCAGAUAUUUAUUAUGAACAUUUUAAUUCAUUUCUUGAUUUUAAUAAACGAUAUCAAUAUGCAAUUGAUGCUAUUCAUAAAGUAAUAGAUGAUGAUAGAUUUAUAAAUAAAAUUAAAUCAAUAAAUAUUACUGAAGAUGAAAAGGCAUCUAUUAUAGAGAAUUAUAUUCAUUCUAUAUCAUUUAACAUACAAUUGAAUCGUAUUUAUGAUGAAUACUUGAAACAAUUUCCUAUAGCCAAACCACAACCAACAAAUACAACUACCACCAUUACCACAAAUUCUAGUCCAAUAUCGAGUCCAACACGUACAUUAAGAAAACCAAUCACAACAGCUAAACCUCUUGUGAAUAUUUCUUUAAAUACUUCUCCUACUAAGUCAUUAAGUAAACGACCAUCUAUUGCAGAAUUAAGACAAUCAUCACCUACAAAACUGCCUCAAAAACAAUUAAGAACGAAACCAUCGAUUUCUAGAAUCCGUGCUUCUGAUGAAGUAACACCUCAUAUAAAUUCUCAUAAUCCAUUUCUUGAAAAUUCAUCGAUGAAAUCGGAUAUAAGUGCAGGCACAGUAUCUACGGUUUCUGAUGAAUAUACUAGUAAUAAAACCACUAUGGAAUUAAGAUUAGACAUUUAUGAUAAAUGCAGGCAGGCUAUACAAGAUAAGUUAAAUAGAGAACGAAUUAAACUUAGUUUAUAAUUAAAUAGUAUAUAUAUAUAGAUAGAUACAUACAUAGUACAAUAUAUAUAUGUAUGUAUAUAUAUAUAUAUGUAUAUG